UUGGUGCGGCGCCGAGCUGCCUUAACCAGGGACGUUAGGAAACUGGUCCCCCGGAAUAAUAGCCGGCGCGCCGCAGUCGUCAUUUUGGCUCAAGCGGCCGUAUUGCGUAUUGCGGCGGUCCGGGGCUCUGGCUCAGCGUUUGUAAACCAUUAUGGCGUCGAAUAAGCCAGUUUCAUAACCUUAGGAGGGAGGAGUCUGCCGUUCCUGGGAGCUGGGGCUGGAGCAGCAGACUGACGGGCGAGAGGAGGCUUAGAAACUGGAUCAGCCGCGAUCUGGAGAAGGAAUAGCUGCGGAGAUCCAUCUUUAAAUAGUGGCCGUGGCUGUUUGGUGGUGGGCGUCUGGAGAGACGAACAUGGGUGCAUUUUGAUGAGAGAUCCAGCGAUCCGAUCUGUGUCUGCUGUCACGUAUAACUAGGAGGAUAAAGCAGCGCUGGAUGAAAGUGGGUGCCGCAAAACGUUACAUCAGACUCGUUCUGUUACUAUUGUUGCCAUCGCCGUGUAACCAGUCAGCGGUUUGGCUACAAACAGAGGCAUCGCGGGGGCACCGGUGCAGACAGUGAUCCGGAGGCUGGGACUGCACAGGGCAUAAUAAGAGGCGGGGUGCGACCCAUACGCUGGACCCCCGGACCGAGGGGAGCCGGGAGACUAGCGGAAGGUGGGGCAGUACGGAGUCCGAGAAGCGGCCCGAUCGCAGGUUCAUCGCCGGGGCAGUUUUUCUGAGGAAUCAAAGCGGAGAGAUUUCUAAUUUUAUUUCAUUUUUUACCCGCCCAUUGGAUUUUGCAAAGCGCUCACAAGGACUGCUUCGUUACCCCCUCUCCCCGUUCCCCAAGAGUGGCUCUUUGUUUAAUUAAGAAAAUAGCGUUUGGACGGGGUUUCGGGGGAUAAUCUCCCCAUCCUUGCUGGACCAUGGCCGACGACGACGUGCUGUUUGAAGAUGUGUACGAGCUGUGCGAGGUGAUCGGGAAGGGCCCCUUCAGCGUGGUACGAAGAUGCAUCAACAGAGAAACGGGGCAGCAGUUCGCCGUCAAGAUCGUGGACGUGGCCAAGUUCACCUCCAGCCCGGGGCUGAGCACGGAGGAUCUGAAGAGGGAGGCCAGCAUCUGUCACAUGUUGAAGCACCCGCAUAUCGUGGAGCUGUUGGAGACCUACAGCUCCGAUGGAAUGCUCUACAUGGUCUUCGAGUUCAUGGACGGGGCGGACCUGUGUUUUGAGAUCGUGAAGCGUGCGGACGCCGGCUUCGUCUACAGUGAAGCUGUUGCCAGUCACUACAUGCGGCAAAUCCUGGAGGCUCUGCGCUAUUGCCAUGACAACAACGUCAUCCACCGCGAUGUGAAGCCCCACUGUGUUCUCCUGGCAUCCAAGGAGAACUCUGCUCCAGUGAAGCUGGGGGGCUUUGGUGUAGCCAUUCAACUGGGAGAGUCUGGCCUUGUGGCAGGAGGAGGUUCUCAGGCAGGAUUAGUCACAGAGAACAUUCUGGUGGAGCUGGAUCUUGUGUCUGUCCAGGAGCGAGAUCGCUACGCGUACAAGAUCCACCUCCCCGAGACGGUGGAGCAGCUGAGGAAGUUCAACGCCAGGAGGAAGCUGAAGGGGGCAGUGCUCGCCGCCGUCUCCAGCCACAAGUUUAACUCCUUCUACGGCGAUCCGCCGGAGGAGCUGCACGACUUCUCUGAAGACCCCACAUCUUCAGGACUGCUAGCCGCAGAAAGGGCUGUGUCUCAGGUGCUGGACAGCCUGGAGGAGAUUCAUGCCCUGACCGACUGCAGCGAGAAGGACCUGGACUUCCUGCACAGCGUCUUCCAGGACGAGCACCUCCACACCCUGCUGGAUCUGUAUGACAAGAUCAACACCAAGUCCUCCCCACAAAUCAGAAAUCCCCCGAGUGAUGCUGUCCAGAGAGCCAAAGAGGUACUGGAAGAGAUUUCCUGCUACCCCGAGAACAGCGACGCUAAAGAGCUAAGGCGGAUUCUCACUCAGCCACAUUUUAUGGCCUUACUGCAGACCCAUGACGUGGUGGCCCAUGAGGUGUACAGCGACGAGGCCCUGAGGGUCACACCCCCCCCCACCUCGCCCUACCUGAACGGCGACUCGCCAGAGAGCGCCAACGGGGACAUGGACCUGGAGAACGUGACGCGGGUGCGGCUGGUGCAGUUCCAGAAGAACACGGACGAGCCCAUGGGCAUCACUCUGAAGAUGAACGACCUAAACCACUGCAUCGUGGCCCGAAUCAUGCAUGGGGGCAUGAUCCACAGGCAAGGAACGCUUCACGUUGGCGACGAGAUCCGGGAAAUCAAUGGCAUCAGCGUGGCGAACCAGACCGUAGAGCAGCUGCAGAAGAUGCUGAGGGAGAUGAGGGGCAGCAUUACCUUCAAGAUCGUGCCAAGCUGCCGCACGCAGUCGUCCUCCUGCGAGGAUUUACCAGCAACAAUCCAGCCCAAAGGACGACAGAUCUAUGUGAGGGCGCAGUUUGAGUAUGACCCCACCAAGGAUGACCUGAUCCCCUGCAAGGAAGCGGGCAUCUCCUUCAGGGUGGGUGACAUCAUCCAGAUCAUCAGCAAGGACGACCACAACUGGUGGCAGGGCAAGCUGGAGAGCACCAAGAAUGGGACGGCUGGCCUCAUCCCCUCCCCAGAGCUGCAGGAAUGGCGUGUGGCCUGCAUCGCCAUGGAGAAGACGAAGCAGGAACAGCAGGCCACCUGCACCUGGUUUGGCAAGAAGAAGAAACAGUACAAGGACAAGUACCUGGCUAAGCACAACACAGACCUGGUCACGUACGAGGAAGUGGUGAAGCUGCCUGCUUUCAAGAGGAAAACUCUGGUCCUUCUGGGGGCCCACGGAGUCGGACGUCGGCACAUCAAGAACACGCUGAUCGCCAAGCACCCGCACAGAUUUGCCUACCCCAUCCCACACACAACCAGACCUCCGAAGAAGGAUGAGGAAAACGGUAAGAACUACUACUUCGUAUCCCACGACCAGAUGAUGCAGGACAUCUCGAACAACGAUUACCUGGAAUACGGCAGCCAUGAGGAUGCCAUGUAUGGCACUCGGCUGGAGACCAUACGCAAGAUCCACGAGCAGGGGCUCAUCUCCAUCCUCGACGUGGAGCCACAGGCCCUGAAGGUCCUACGGACGGCUGAAUUUGCCCCCUACGUCGUCUUCAUUGCUGCCCCGACCGUAACGCCCGGCAUCAGCGAGGACGAGUCCCUCCAGAGGCUGCAGAAGGAGUCUGAGAUUCUGCAGAAGACGUACGCCCACUACUUCGACCAGACCGUCAUCAACAACGAGAUCGACGAGACCAUCAGAUACCUAGAGGAAGCCAUCGACCUGGUGUGCACGGCGCCCCAGUGGGUGCCUGUUUCCUGGGUGUACUAGGUCACGCCCCCAGUCCCACCCCCUUCUUUACAAUGCACCUGCUCAACUUCAACUUACCAUGGAAGAAACCGUCUUCCCUGGAAGACCUCAUUGUACAUGAGCUACAGCCAGUCUUGGUCCUUAAAGACUACCUAGACGUAGUGUUGUAUAAAAUUUAUAUAUUGUCAUGUCCUUAUAGCUAGGAGGCGACGUUUUUGUUAUUUUUAAAGAGACAGUAUCUCAAACCGUCGUUAGGACAGAGACACCCCAGGUGUCAGUCUUGGCUUCGCAUCACAGCCUUCAUAACGUGUGACCCAUGCUUCAGUUUGAAACGUAGCGCCCCCUACAGACCGAUGAAAAGCACAUGAUCUUCGUGGCACCCCUCUCUUCCUUAAUGGCUUCCUUCACUGAAACACACUAUUUUGUUUGUUUUUAAUUGUAUUUUUUUACCCACUACAUUCACCCCGUCCCUCGCAGAUGGCUGCCACUCUCGAUUUUCCCAGGUUCCGUUUACAUUUCAUAGCUGACACUGUCAGCCAGAAUAGAUACUGUCUCUCUAAAGGAAACCCGUAAAUGUUUAACAGAUUUGAAUGACGUCUCAUGCAUGUGGAUACCUGCAGGCUAACAUGCAGUCAGUGUUAUCAGUGUCAAACUCCUGUUAUCUACGGCAGAGAACAUUCCGUCGGUUGGGAAAACCAAGACCGGGGAGGAAAUCGUAAUGCCUAUGCACAUCCCUUGCAUUCUGGGUAACUUUCUGAACAACCGGUUUUUAAUCGACCUUGUAGUGAGAUGUGUCUGUAAAUUGUCUAGAGUUAAUUUGUCAUGAGAACAACUU